AUGCUGGCGACACCAUGGAUAUGUCGCAGCUGCAUCAGGGCUCUGGCAAAGCCCAGGUCACCGCCUCUGGCCUUUUUUCGCCGCGCUAGCACAGAUGCGAGCGCCAGCCUCCCACCCGCCCUCCUCCAGCGAGCACGCAAGCUGAGAGCCGAGCAUGACCAGCUCGAGGUCUCGCAGUCGGAAAACUUCGACCCCAAGACGGCCCGACGCAUAGGCGAGCUGUCGUCGGUGGUGUCGGCCCUCAGCGACUGGGAGGCGGCGCAGUCGUCCGUGACGGAGCUCACGACGCUGCUCAGCUCGCCCGACGCCGAGCUGCGGCAGCUGGCGAGCGAAGAGCUCUCGACGACGCAGACGCAGCUCUCGACGCUGUCGCGGCAGCUGUCGGUGUCGCUGACGCCCAAGGACCCCUUCGCGCACAUGCCGUGCCUGCUCGAGAUCCGGCCGGGGCCCGGCGGCCUCGAGAGCCGGUUCUUCGCCGACAGCGUGUUCAAGAUGUACAAGCAGUACUGCGCGUACAUGGGGUACCGGGCCGUGGCGCUCAAGUACGAAAUGGCCGACGGCGCCGGCAGCGCGUCGACGUCGGCGGGCGAGGAGCCGCUGCAGGAGGCCGUGCUCGAGAUCAAGGACGCCGGCGCCUACGGGCUCUUCCGCGGCGAGGCGGGCAUGCACCGCGUGCAGCGCGUGCCGGACACGGAGAGGAGCGGGCGCACGCACACGAGCGCCGUCGCCGUCUGGGUGCUGCCGUCGUUCCCCGACAGCCACGAGGCCGCGGGCGGUGGCGGCGGCGACAUGAACGUCGACGACCCGGCGAGCGACUUUUACCUCGACCCGGCCGAGCUCCGCAUCGAGACGAUGCGCGCGCGGGGCGCCGGCGGCCAGCACGUCAACAAGACCGAGUCGGCCAUCCGCAUGACGCACCUGCCGACGGGCACCGUCGUCAGCAUGCAGGACAGCCGGCAGCAGUCGCGCAACCGCGAGGACGCGUGGAAGCUGAUGCGCUCGCGCGUCGCCCUGCUGCGCCGCGAGGCCCGCGAGGAGCAGGCCGCCCGCCUGCGCGACAACGUCCUCGCCAAGCACAAGAUUACGCGCGGCGACAAGAUCCGCACCUACAACUACAGCCAGGACCGCUGCACGGACCACCGCAGCGGCGUCGACGUCCACAACCUGCCCGACGUGCUCGUCGGCGGCGAGUCGCUGCACCGCAUCGUCGACAGCGCGAGGACCUGGCUCGCGACCAGCGACAUUGCGGCCAUGAUGGCCGAGGAGGAGAGCAAGGCGGCGGCGGCGCAAGGUGGGCAGGCGGCGGGCAAGUCGAAGAAGUGA